UGUAGCUCGAUGGAUGGGGUCUAGACCCUGAUAGUCCCCAAAGUUCAGCCAGCCACCAUUAAAUUACCUCUCGGUCAAUGGAAGGAAGAAGCCUGCUAAGAUUUGGACUGUUGACUGAUACUUUGUGUGAUUGCUUCUCCAGCGUGUGGUGUAAAGCGUCGAUAGGGUGCCAUAUAAGACAAAGCGUUGUGAACAUGAAAUCACACAAAGUCAAACCUCUGCUCUCUUUCCCCGUUUCGCGUUGUUCCACGUCCAUUCUCUGAUCAAAUCCCUUCGAAUCAUCGACCAUGCGUGCCUCAUUCGCGCUUUUGCCAGCCCUUGCGGCCAUGACUGUGGCAAGUCGAUGCCGCCCACGGACCACGACGUCGUCUUUAGCAACGUCGGCCUUGCCAUCAGCGGUCGUCAGCAGCCCAACAAGCUCUGCCGACUUGACUUCCAGCACUGUCAGUAUCAUUGAAAGCACGACGACCACUACAUCCGAUGAGCCUACAACAACUGAGGCGUCGACCGUGGAGCCCUCUACCACGGAGCCUGCCACGAGUGAUCCACCCACCACGAGUGAGCCACCCACCACGAGCGAGCCAUCCACCACGAGCGAGCCACCCACCACGAGCGAGCCACCCACCACGAGCGAGCCGCCCACCACCACCGAGGAGCCUACCACAACAUCCGUCGAGAGCACGACCUCGACCGCUCCCAGCUCUGCUCCAACAGUCACGGGCUUCUGCCUGAAAGCCAUCACCCCUGGUGUGAGCAAUAAAGACUACCACAUUCGUGUGCUCUCCCCCAACUCCAACCUGAUCACUGAGGCGCCGACCGGCUCCAAUUUCGGCUUGUUUGAUCUCGACAUAUCCACUGGCACGAUGAGCAUCAGCGGCGGUACAUGGGCCGGCUAUGAGGUGUACGCGCUCCCACCAUGGGAAAGCCAAGUCCUUCACGUUAUUCGGUUCACGAAUACUCCGGUAGAAUAUCCAUUGCGCUGCUCGAAUCCGGAUGGGGUGUACAUGACUGGGUCGGUGUUGAAGUGUGAGGUGUCUGCCCCUUCGGCUGACGGUGUGAUGAGGAGGUAUGCCCUGUGGAAUAACGCCAAUAGCUCACCUGUCGGUCCGUGGAUCAUUAUGCGUGAUGACUAUGUGAGGGCUGGGUCCUAUAACUACGAUUUGGGCAUGUUCUUUGGGGAUGACUGCAGUGCGGUGGGUGGCCAAUAAUGAUGGGCUAAGAGAAACCGUCAAAUGUCGAUGCGGUCUUGUACUGGUAACAUUGAGGUGUCAUUCGCC